AAGAUCGUGUGGGAUCGAUGGAUCCCGUUAGAUUUCGCUUCUAAUUCCAGUUCCGGGAAGGAAAUCAGAGAUGUUGGUUAUAGGUUGAGUUGUGGAUAAGUGAGUGCAAGGUUAAAAAAAAUGGAAGUGACUUGUUCGAAUUUUCAAGAGGUGCUGGUAGAAUUGGACGACGUUCUGAAAAAUGCAACAUUCCUUGCGAUUGAUGGAGAAUUCACAGGACUUAAUUCUGGACCCGAUGCUGCAGCCUUUGACACACCAGCUCAGUACUAUGCAAAAUUGAGAGCAGGAUCAAUGGACUUUCUUCUUAUACAAUUUGGCCUUUCAGUUUUUACAUUCAAUAUCGAAACACAGAAGUACAGUCAACGAACAUAUAAUUUUUACGUUUUUCCACGACCUCUGAAUCGAGCAGCUCCAGAUUGUAGAUUUAUGUGUCAGGCAUCCUGUAUAUCAUUUCUGGCCAAUCAAGAAUUCGAUUUCAACAAACUUUUCAAACUGGGCAUUCCUUAUUUAACCACAAAUGAAGAAGAGAAAUUAAUGAAACGAUUAGAAGAAAAGCAGAAGACGAGGGAUGAGACGCCAGAGGUAUUGCCGAUUUCAGACGUCGAGAAACCUCAGAUCGAAGAUAUUUGUACGAGGAUAGAUGAAUUCAUAAAGUCCGAUGCGGAAGAAUUAACGAUAGACAAAUGUAAUGCUUUUGUAAGGCGACUUGUAUACCAGGAAGUAAGGAUGAGGUGGCCAAAUCAAUUGAAAGUCGAAAGUAAAUUGGAAAAUUUUGUAUGCAGUCUUGUAAUACAAAGAUUAGGAAGCAAAGACGAAGAGGAACAGAAAGAGGCAGAAAAAAAAGAAAAAGAAAGAAUGGAAAUUCAGCAUGCAGCUGGAUUAAGUAUACUUAUGAGAAAAAUCGCAGACUCUGGGAAAUUAAUAGUUGGUCAUAAUAUGUUAUUAGAUCUCUGUCAUAUAGUACAUCAAUUUUUCGGACAUUUGCCAGAAUCUUAUAGAGAAUUUAAGUCUCUCGUCCAUAGCUUAUUUCCAAGACUUAUAGAUACAAAAGUAAUUUGCCAUUCGCAGCAAUUCAAGGAAAGCGUACCAUCGUCAAAUUUAAAUAUACUGCUAGAGACAAUUAGUAAACCACCGUUUAAAAUGCCAGAAGUGGAACCUGUUGAUAAUAGAAGUUAUUCUAACUUGGUAGAUAAAUGUCACGAAGCUGGCUACGAUGCCUACAUCACUGCAGUAUGUUUCGUUGCACUGUCCAGUUAUCUUGGUUCUUUACAAGACCCCAAAGUUCCAAUAGUUUCAUCCGAUUCACCUCUACUCAAUCCUUUCCUAAACAAACUCCUCAUAUUAAGAUUAAAAGAUAUUCCAUACAUAAACCUUGUUGGAAAAGAUCCAAGUCCAAGUAGAGAUCACGUAUUCCACAUAACAUUCCCGAAAGACUGGAAGCUUAGUGAUAUAUUUCAAUUGUUUAGUCCAUUUGGAGGUGUUUACGUGUCGUGGCUAAGCGACACGUCUGCAUACGUUGGAUUAAACCGUCGAGAUCAAAUUAACUCGGUGUCGAAGAUACUAGGUAAGACGAGCACCUACAGGAUACAAAGGUAUGCCGACUACCAAGCAACGUUAGAGGCAAACCUCAAUAUAGAAGAACGUAAAAGAAAAUUAUCUUCAUCCGAGGCUGUCUCGACGAAAAAGGGGGAAAAUUCCGUGGCAACGAACGGCGUGAAGACUGCUCAGGACGACGAUGGCUGGGAAGUAGCCACAGGGAAACGUCACCGGAAACGGAAGGGCAACACGGAGGUUGAGGGCGCGCGAAGACCGAAGCAGAAGGCCUUCACCGAGCCUGACACCUGGCAAUAAUCUCUCCCGGAGGAGCCGAAUCGAUGACUAUAACGCGUCAUCCUUCCUAGUGACGGUGAAUAAAUUGAAAGAAUGCUGAAACAGAUCGACGACAUUUUAUUGUAUCAUUUCUUAUUUUGUAAUACCAA